GGCUUUCCCGGCUUGUCUAGGAUCCCGGAAGUGUCCUUGGUUCCGGGCGGCGAGGGCGGGGCUGCGUUGGGCAGGAAGGAAGGAAGGAGGGGUUGAGAAAGAGUCAAGGGAGACCCCCCCAAAAAACUACCGGUUGUUAUUUCUGUUAUUAAUCAUCAUCCUUAUUUCUGCGGGGGUUGAAGCGUCGCUGCCUCUUCGCAGAAACCUACUUGCGACAGCUCAAUUUCUGUAUACUGGGCUACUCUGAAUAGCACAGGAGUUGCACCAGUUUCUUUAAAAAAAAGAAGUCGGCAGUCUUCAACGUAUCUUUGCAGAGCAGUAAAAACAAAAAGGUUGACUUUCCUGUUCCGGUGACUUCCGACUCUCCCCAGGUGGAGGCUUCUGAGAGAACCCUUAUUCCGAGGGUUUGGCUGCUUUUCUGAGAGAAGAAUAACUUUUUUUUGCUUUGCUGACUGUAGACACUGACUCCUUUUGCCAAGUCUUGGACAGCCUGCGUUGAGUUGAGUUGUGGACCUUCGUUUCCCCCCUCUCUAAUAUUUCUUUAUAAUCUAACUCCUCUUCCCUAGAACAAUUUGAAUUGUUAAAAAGACAAAGCUGCCGCUGAAAAGACGAGUGCGGCUUGUGACGAGGAUCGGUGCGGUUCGGUAAAGUGAAAAUGUACUGAUCGAGGCUCUCCGGAAAUGGAUGAGGAGAGUUUGGAAGCGGCCAUCCAGAAUUAUAAUGCCCAGCUGCAGCAGGUGGAACUGGCUUUGGGGGCCGGGCUGGACCCCUCGCAAGAAUCCGAUCUCAUCCAGCUGCGGUCGGAUUUGAAGCAGCUGAUCGAACUCACCGAAUCCAGCUUGGUAUCCGUGAAAAAGAGCAAACUCUUGGCCGCUUUGGACCCAGGGACGGUCUCCCCGUCUCCAUCCGCUCAUCUAAACCAAGGCGGUAGUGAGUCGGGCCACCUGGACGCCAAUGAAGAAUACGCAGCUUUUCAGGCAGCCGUCGCGGACGGAGGGGGCGAGCCCUCGGAUGUUCAAGAUGAGGCCUACCCGGAGAUAGACAGUGAGGCAGAUGGAGAGGGGGAGGAGGAGGAGGAGGCAGCCAGCGGGAUGAAAGUGAAAGCCCCUUACUACAGUUCCUGGGGCACCCUGGAGUACCACAAUGCCAUGGUCGUGGGCAGUGAGAGCAUGGAAGACGGCACUGCGGGGGUUCGCGUGCUCUACCUCUAUCCCACUCACAAGUCCUUGAAGCCGUGCCCCUUUUUCCUGGACGAGAAAUGCCGUUUCAAAGAGAAUUGCCGAUUCUCCCACGGGCAGGUUGUCUCCGUGGAAGAGCUGCGUCCCUUCGAGGAUCCCGACCUCAGCUGCCUGGCCGUGGGGUCGGCCUGCCUGGCGAGACAUCAGGACGGGAUCUGGUAUGCUGCUCGAAUCACCGACAUUGAUAGCGGGUUCUAUACGGUUAAGUUUGAUUCACUGCUGCUGAAGGAAGCCGUCGUGGAGGGGGACGGUGUCAUACCCCCGCUGCGAAGCGCAGAGAGCUCUUCCUCCUCAGAGUCAGAUGACGACGAAGUGGACGAUGCAGGAUACGCUAAAGUCAUCGAGUCCGGGGCCCCCGAGAACGGGGAAGUUCCCUCCGCCUGCAGUUCCUCCUUCGGCAGCUGGGAGGCGCACACCCGAGGCAUCGGCUCGAAACUCAUGGCUCGGAUGGGGUAUGAGCUGGGGAAAGGUCUGGGGAAGAACGCUGAGGGCCGGGUGGAGCCCGUGUUGGCCGUGGUGCUGCCCAAAGGCAAAUCUUUGGACCAAUGUGCCGAGAUCCUCCAAAAGAAGCAGGGGAAACUCAACCCGGCCAAACCCAAGAGGCGGCGAGCAAAAGGGAGCGGUGCCGGCCGGCCCUCUGCCCGGAGCCCCAAGCCCCCUACCCGGAACGUGUUCGAUUUUCUGAAUGAAAAACUCCGGGGCGAGGGGGCCAGGGAGCAGCAGGGGGGGCUGGCACCACUGGAGAGGGACAGCAAGGAGAUCUACCACGCCAGCAAGAGCACCAAGAGGGCGCUGAACGUCCGCCUCUUCCAGACGGUGGAGAGGAUUGAGCAGACGCAGAAGGACAUCCGAGGGAUCCAGGAGGCCCUGGCACGCAAUGUGGGACGGCACAGCAUCGCCACGGCUCAGCUGGAAGAGAAGCUGGCCGGUGCUCGCAAGAAGCUGGCCGAGCUACGGACUCAGGAGGCCAGCUUGCAACGAGAGCAAAAGAAAGCCGACACACACAAGAAAAUGACCGAGUUCUAGUCUCAGCCUCGGCCAGUUGUGCUGGUCAGCCGGGCUUCUGUCCUGACUUUGCCACCCAGCCGACUUUGUGCCGGGACCUGAUCUUCUCUUCUGGACUGCCUUCAUCCCAGCAGCCGAACCGGACCAAAAAAACCGGGGCCAGAUCCGAAUUCUCCCAGCUGUCUGUCUGGCUGUGAAACAGUUGUGCUAGGGGUAUGGGCAGAUGAGCUUUCCUUUUCGUUUGUUGUCACUUUUCUAAGACUUCGCCAGGGAAGUCCCGUAGCCAGCCACAGCCGGGGCUUCUGGAAGAGGUUUUAGUAGAGGGGGAAACCAUCAGCAUGGGUCAGCCAUCGGCUUGGCUCCUUCCGCUUCUGGGAAGCCCUUGUGUCAGGAGGGGAUUUUUUCUCUCUUCUCUUCCCUGUUGCAGCACCGUAAGUAGGAUUAGAGCGGAUGAGAUGGUGGCAGAAGUGGGAUCUCGACCCCGGGGCCUCUUGGCCUGGCCGAAGGAGCUGCCACGUGCCUAUGCGCAGUUUCUGGGCUGCACAUCGCAUUCAGUGCGCAUCACCCAGCUUUAAUGUUGUGCUCUGAUGAGAGAAGUUAAGCCCGCCUUGGGGAACGUGGCUGCAAGAUACCAUUGUCACAUCACAGCGGUUUGGUACUCGGACUGUUGUUAACCUCCAUGUCUUUGGAUGUGAAGCUGCGUCACCCAAACCUGCAUAAAGUUCUAGAAAGUCA